GGCAGACAACAGUCAUACGUGAAUCAAAAUUUAGUUUUUAAAGAAAGAAUUGUUAAUACAUUUUAAAAUAUUAUGUGAUAAUAAUUGAUAGAAUAAAUAUGAGAUUUGUUAUUCUCGUCUUUUUGGCCUAUGCUGCAAGCGCAGCGGCUUGGGAUGAUGAUGAUUUUGAAGUAUUUGACGUGGUUGAAGAAGUAAACCAAAAUUUUUAUGAAUUAUUAGGAGUAACACAGGAAGCCUCGCAGCAAGAGAUUAAAAGUGCAUUUAAAAAGCUUACUCUGAAGCUACAUCCGGACAAGAAUAGUGCACCAGAUGCUGAUGUUCAGUUCAGGAACUUAGUUUCAGUGCAUAAUAUACUAAAGGAUCCAGGGAAAAGAGAAAAGUAUAAUGAAGUGCUGAAAAAUGGUCUUCCCAAUUGGCGAUCCGCUGUAUAUUAUUAUCGACAUGUAAGAAAAAUGGGCUUAGCCGAAGGAUCUGUGAUUUUAUUUAUUAUUAUUACAUUUGGACAGUAUGCUGUUGGGUGGGCAGCGUACGUUGAGAAGAAAUUUACAGCUGAGCAAAUAUUAAAUAGCAGAGGCAGGAAACUAAAAAAAAGUGGUUUUGACACUGGCUUGGCGGAAAUAUUAGAGAAAUUACCAAAGCCAAGUAUAAAGGACACACUGCCGUUCCAAAUACCAAGGUUCCUCUGGUGGAUGGUGACAGCUGUGCCAAGAGCAAUCAUGGAGCUGAAGAGACAAAUGAAGGAGAGAGAAGAGGAAGCUAAAAGACAGAAAAAGAAGGAGGAGGAGGAGCGUGUGCGUGCGGAGCGCGAUGCGGCGGCGGCGGAGGCGCGCGCGGCGAGUGGUGCGGGGGGUGGUGCGGGGGGUGCGCGGCGGCGGCGGGGCUUCGUGCCGCCGGAGCGGGAGGCCUGUCUGCUGGACGCGGCUGACGAGCCUCACCACACCGCCCCCACAGUGCAGCCUGCUAAAACUACGCCGCCGGUGAUAACUGGUGGUCUGUGGACGGACGAGGACCUGGCGGAGCUGGUGCGGCUGGUAAAGAAGUACCCGGGGGGCACUCCGGAGCGGUGGGAGCGCAUCGCCACCGCCAUGGGCCGCGGCGUGCCCGAGGUGACACACGUCGCCGCGCGACUCAAGGACAACUGCUACAAGAUACCAGGACAGGAACCCCCUGAGGAAACUGUCAUUGAACCCCCCAAGAAGGUGAAGACCCGCAAGGCGGAGGAAGGUGGUGGUGGAGGCAGCUGGUCUCAGAGUCAGCAGCGCGCGCUGGAGACUGCGCUGGCGAAGCACCCGAAGGGCGGCGCCGGAGAUCGCUGGCAGAAGAUCGCCGCCGCUGUGCCCGGCAAGACCAAAGAGGAAUGCAUGCAGAGGUGUAAAUAUCUAUCCGAUGUUGUGAGAAAACAGAAACAGAAAGAAGAAGAAGAAAGAGAAGCGCAGAAGGAGGAGACCAGUGACGCACAAAAACAAGACGAAGAAAUAACUUCGUAAUCAAUUAAUCCUUUAAAUUAUUAAAACAAUACUGAGACAUUGUUAAUUAAAAAUAAAACUACGAUCGAUUUGUCAACUUAUUUAUAAACUAUCGGAGGUUGGAAAUCAAUAUUUGAUCUCGAACCAGUUUUACUUUGUGAAUAUCGAUUUUAACGUCGUUAAUGAAGCUUCCAAAGUAGUUCGCGGUGGCUGACCUUGGGUUUCUGACGACAAUAUAUAUGUAUAAAAUAUUGUCAUCCCUGUCAUUAUCUUUGAAUAAAAAAACAAGUAUGA